GUUUACCCAUAACAACAAAAUGGUGGUUAGUUUUUAUUAAAUUUAGACCUCUUUGUUUUUUUAAAAAUCUAAGUAAGGAGAGAAUGAAAAGGGAAUUACAAAAUUACUAGUCUGGUGUUCUUUUAAGUCUUUAAAAUAAGCAGUAAGUUAUAUAUACUAUAACUUAAUUAGUUUAAGUUAAAAGACUCACGUGACUAAGUUUACCACUCGGCCUAAUUCUAAUAGGGUAAUCCCUUCCUUAUUUUACAAUAAAUUAUAAAUGCAUGUUAUAGUAGCCACUGAAGUGUUUUAAUGUAGUUCCAUGAGGUAAAAAUUAAUUUUUGAUUUUAUUUCUGUAGAAAUAAUAAAAAGCUCUAAAAUAAGGGAUUACCCCCCCUAAUUCUUCUUCUGUAUCUUAAGGGCCCACGAUCAAUUUAUUGAUCAUUUUGAUUUUUGCUCCUAUGCAUGUAGAUGGGAUUUGCAAUGCUUCUGUUCCUGGUGUUGAUGAGGAAAUGAUUUCCAGUGCCACUUUGUGAGGGAAUCAUGCACUAGGGGUUUGAAGGCUUGAGGCAAUAGACACAAAUGUGUCUAAUGUUGUCGCCUCAACCGUUCCUUUUGAAAGAUUGUUCCAGUCCCUGAUUGUCUUGGGCAGGAAUGAGCAGCUCCUAUACUGGCUUCUUGCUGGUAUGAGCCUGAAAUGCCUGUCAUGGCCUCGUCGCUGUCUAUGGGGGAGAGGAACGAGUUUCUGUUUAAUACUGGAACAGUGGACCAGCCCAUUAUUUAUCUCGUACAUCAUGGAGAGCCUGGAUUGUCGUCCUCGUUCCUCCAAUGGUGACCAGCCUAGUGUUUCCAGCAUGCUGCCAACACUAGAGGUAUUCCUGUAGCGAUUUAGGACAAAGCGAGCUGCUCGUCGCUGGACCGCCUCCAACCUGUCAACGCUCUUCUGGGUAAAUGGGUCCCAGACUGAAGAUGCAUAAUCUAAAACCGGACGGACAAAGGCUUUAUAUGCUCUUUCUUUCACAUAGGAGUUGCCAAUCUUUAGAUUUCGCCUUAAGAACCCUAGGGUCUUGUUUGCGUGGUUACAUACAUUGUUAAUAUGCUCGUCCCAGCGGACCUCUCUUUGAAUGGUAACACCCAGGUACUUUACGGAGGAAACUGGCUCAAGUAUAUGGCCAUGCAGUUCGUAUUGGUAGUGUAGAGUAGAGGAGUACAAAUUCUAGAGACUGAUAGUCUCUGGCACUUGGCAGGGUGAAAUUCCAUGUACCAGCUCAUCUCCCACUCAGCUAACAGAUUGAGAUCCUGUUGUAGCUGGUCCUGGUCAGAUCUGUUGGCGAUCAUCCUAUACACCGCUGUGUCAUCUGCGAACAGUCUUGCUUGUGAUGUCAGUUUCUCGGGUAAGUCAUUAAUGUAUGCUAGGAACAAACAGGGGCCCAGCACUGAUCCCUGGUGGGAUCCCUGACUUCACAUCAACAAAGGAGGUGCUUGUACUGUCCACCACUACUGCCUGGCAUCGGUGGCUGAGGAAGCUAGAGAUCCAUGUUUUAGUGGUGCCUUGGAUGCCAUAUCUCUGGAGUUUGUGUAGAAUUAACAGUACUAAUACCAAUAAUACUUAUUUAUUAAUACAAAAAGACUAAUUCUAAUUAAUAAUCAAUUAAUUCAAUUACUAGCGGCUAGCCUAACCAAUAUAUUAUAUAUUAAAUUAUAUUAUACAUUAUAUUAAUAUUAGCCAUCAUCCGCAAUGGUCUAACUAUCUAAAUUCUCAAGUGCGAAAGUUCGCUGACGACUGUCUUAUAUACAGAGAGAUAAACAGCACCAAUGACCACAACCACCUCCAACCAGAUUUGAAGUGCCUUAUGAAUUGGGUGGACAAAUGGGGCAUGAAAUUUAAUGAAACCAAAUGCUACACUAUGACAAUCUCAAGAAAAAAAACAUCAACUCAUCUUUACUCACUAAACGAGACAAUCCUCCAACAAGCAUCCAAUAGUCCAUAUCUUGGAAUUCUCUUCUCAAAUAACCUAAAAUGGUCACCCCAUAUAAACAAAAUUUUUUAAAAAGCCAACUCCACCCCUAGGUUUCAUCCGAAGAAAUCUGCGCCACUGCCCAACUUCCUGCAAAAGAAAUGCCUAUCUUGCACUCGUCCGUCCACUACUGGAAUAUGGUGCGAUCAUCUGGGACCCACACCCUUAAGCAAGACGUGGACACGAUGGAGCGAAUUUUUUUUUUUUAAAGUUAAUUAAAACAUCAACCUAUUUGUUUUUUAGUUUUUACAUUUACAGUGGAUGCCUGCCCUAAGUGACAAAGAAACUUUAAAGAUUUUUUAUUUCAAUAUUCUGCAGGGUACUUUUAACUACUAUUAGAGCAGCAGUCAUUGUUCUAACUCAUGUUAACAACAUGGGUAAAUAAUUUAAUAUAUGCAGCUAUGGGCAGUCAGAUGUCAACAAUAAAAGACAUUCUCAGUCAACAGUCCUCAUCAGACUGGUGUUACCCAUUAACACCUUACAUCCCUUUUCCUAAGGAAAAGUGGCCUGUAUUUGAAAAUGGGUUGAUAUCAGACAUACACAUACUCCCGGAUAAACUACGUAAGUUCAAAUGCAACAUACUCUUGAAUACAUAUUGAUGCACAUUUAUAAUGUUUACUACUUAUAAUUACAAAGGAUUAUAAAUAUACCAUUAGGGAAAUUUAAAGUCAAAAUUAUGAACUUCUCUAUAAAUUAGACUGCCAACAUUUUAGGCCUACUCCAUCUUAGAUUAUUUUUGUUGGACAAAUUUUGACAACAAUUAUCAUAAGAUCAGGAAUUUUAAUGUAGCAUAUUCACAGAAUUACUAUUAAAAAAAUGUUUGCAACGCAAGAGUUUUUAGCUCUCAUAUUUAUAGUACAGUUUUGUAUUAUUUACUAUAUUACUAUAUUGUAACUAAAGCUAUGCACUGUUUGCAUCAAAUGUGACAAUAUAAAUUUUAAUAUGAAGCUAAAAAGAAUAUAAAACUUUUGGGAGCUUCCAGAUUAUCUCCUGAUGCUGUAGAUUCAUUACUAAGUAUGCAUUGUUAGAAGGGCACUUAUGCAAGAAAGACAAGAAUUAUUCAGUUGCUAAUUGUUUUGUUCUCUAUUACAACUGCAAGGGGAAACAAAAUAUAUAAAUCAACAUUUAUUUCUAAAAAUGACUUAUUUCUAACAAAAGAUUUUGACGAUAAACUUUUAUUUUAACUCAUAAAAAAACUAGAUCAUCUACAUUUUCCACUGGUCCACAGUUUUAUUUCAAUUGGCUUAUCUAUUUUUCAUAGAGCGUAACCUGACAAAUGAUAGCUGGUACUGGUGGUGUGAUGCACAGUUUGUUCCAUUUAAUGAUGUAAGCCUUUACACUACAUGUUCUGUAUACCAUCCCCGGCCGGGAUGUCGCUGGACUUCAGUGCCUCACAUGCCAAGUGGAAGAGUAGUUUUAUACAACUUUUUAUCUCCCAAUAGUCUGAGUAGGUUUUAAAACAUUUAAUUUCAUUUGUACUGACAGACCUCUUUUUAUUUAGGGGGAUAACACAUAUAUUUGGCCAUUGAUUUUUUUGUGAUUAUGAACACAAUUUGAUUGAUCAAUUUGAAACAUAAUAUUCAAUUUUAUCAUUUUAAGCUUUUUUCUUUCUUUUUUAUUCAUUGUAAUAAUUAUUGCUUCAACAUGAAAAAAGAGUUUCCAUUACUGUGUGACAAGCUAUUAAUUCAAUGCACAAUUCAUAUUUGCAUUUAAGGAAACCAAUCCCAUUCUUCAAAAAAUAAUUCUGAGAUUGUUAUAUUUAUAGAAAUUCUGAUGCUCAAGGUAAUUAACUGAAUUCUGAGAAAACAAUGUACAAAUGUAAAAAGUGGGAUACAAGUUUUUAAUCCUCUUGGCAACAUUUAACAUGUAUUGAAACAGUUGGUUUGUUUGACUUUGAUAAUUGGCAUGAAUCAAAGUUUUUAAAUAUAAUUAAGUUAUGCAGUUAAAAAAAUUAAUUUAGAUAUCUUUGGAAACAGUGGCAGUCAGUAUUUUAUAUGUGGCCAACAGCCGCAUAUCUUUCUACUAUAGUAAAAAGAUUUCUUACUUUUUUCUUUAAAUUUUUAAAGUCAUCAGGGAUAAAAUGUAUUAAAUAUUAUGUUAAUUUCAAGGAAAACAAAUGCAUUAGCUUCAUUGAAGGAGUUAAUAAAACCUAUUUGUUUGUGUUUAUAAAUUAAAAAGGCACAAAAACCUCUACUCGUUGAGUUAAAAAAAAAUAAGUUGGUUAAAAUCCUCAUUUACUGCAUAAUAAAUUUGCUUUCCAUUAAUUUAUCUUAAAGUUGUUAGUGUACUUUUUUUCUAAGCUUAUCAAAUAGUGACAAAUGUUCCUGAAUUUAUAUUCAUUGAAGUAAAACAAUAAAAAAAUUCUUCCCCAGAAUGCAUCAUUUUCAGCCGCACAAACAGCUCUGUAUGGCCAAAGGUUAACCCACACCCUAUUGGACAGCUUGUCGCUUACUGUGGCACAGGUGAAACUGUAAUCAUGUCUGACAAAGGUGACCCUGUUUAUUCCAGGAGUAGGGAUCUCACAAAUGCAGUCCACAUUUACUGUGCUACUGCCAAUAAUGGUGUUAGCUUUGCCUGCAUCAAGAGAGGAAUCGGGGUAUUCUUUCUGGAGUAUCACAAUAUUGAUACUUCCAUUUUGGUUCAUGAUUCUAUCCGAUGUCAUCAAAUUUGUCAAGAUUUCGUCCCGUCUAAAAUAGGCAAUGACAGCGUGGCUUGUAAAUUUUCUCCCAAUUCAAAACAGUUGUCAGUGAGCAUUUCUACCGGUGUGUUAUUUGUGGUGACCCGAAGCAAACUGGAAAAGGUGUGUAUAAUAUGCCCCGACAUGCUAGAUGGAUCAUUAUCAUCAGCAGAAUCAUUUGAUUAUGAUCCAAGAUUUGCCUCUAAAGUCUUGACUGUGGCUACCACAGACGGUUUCAUUCAGACAGUUGAUAUCGAGACAGGGACAAUAUUAAGGUCAGUAGAAGCCGAAGACGCAUGCGACUGUCUUACUUACAGCCCAGAUGGUCUUUUCAUUGCUGCAGGUUUCCAUGAUUUUGAUAUUGUCAUAUAUGACAGAGAUCUGACAACCCUCCAUACAUUUCCAAUGUCCACGAUAUGUCAGGACCAACUCCAGCGAGUACAGCCGCACUACCCAACAGUUCUGCAUCUCAGCUUCUCACAAAAUGGUGAGCAUUUGGCCAGCACAUCUUGUGAUGGGCACCUCCGGAUAUGGAGAAUCCCCAAAAUUUUAACAUUGCAGGAAAUGUGUAGAGACAAAAUUCUUGCUUGUCUUCCUGUUCGCAAGGUUAAAUAUUUGAAUGGCAUUCCUGAAAAGAUGAAAAACUUUUUACUAUACAAAUAUAUUUAGCAAAUUUUGUUUGCAUUCACAGAAUGUCACAAUUUAUGCAAUUCAAAUAAAAGAAUAAAGAAUUAGCUUUGUAUCUAAUUUUUAAAAUACCGGUACUUGUUUGUAAUGGUAAAGGAUUAAUAUUUAUUGGAAAAUUGUGUGUAGUUUAUUUACCAGCAAAACAUAAGUUUGAUCAUUGGAAAUGUAUUGGGAUUUGUUUCUGUUCUUACAUUUUGGAGACUUUGUCUCAGUGACUGUAACCUAGUCUCAACUUCCUUCAAGACUGUUUCUCUUAGGUUUUGAAAUUCCUUAUUUGAGGACUUCAUGGUGAUGGUGAAGUCAUCAGGAAGGAUAGAGUGUAACAACUGUAUCAUGUUUAGUGUCUCAUAAUCUGACCUGUGCAGUGCAGGAAACAAAACAAAAAAAAACAAUUUUUUUUAUGACUGAACUUUUUGUAAUUGUAAAGAGGAGAAAAAAUUACUUUGAAACAUUUAUAUUGAAGCACACACUGUUUCAAUGGAAGGGCCUAAUGUCUAUUAUUCUAUAUGGCAAUUUUAGCUAAUGGAGGGCUUACUCAGAAAACCCUGAUUAAUUUUGGAUUAUGCUUAUACAUUUCAUGAGUCAUUAUUCCACAAUAAUUAUAAACUAAGUAAUUAAAAGAAUGACUGGAACAUCCAAUGCAACCUUCAAAAAGCAACUAAUAAAAGGUUAUAAAAUAAUCUGAACAAUUUUUGGGUUUGACAGAGUUUAUUCUUGUUUUAGAUUGUCCAUAAUUAAAUUCAGAGUUCAUUAACAUAAUUUAAAGGCUGUGAAGUAAAACAUUAUAUGACUUUGACUCUUAGCAUGCAUUAACUGAUCUUACGUAAGAUAUUUGACUUUUUGGGACCAUGUGAACAUAAGUCCCUCUUCUAUUAAAAAAAAAAAAGUUGUAAUUUAAGGCAACACUAACUUGGUAUAUGUGACUAUAUCAACCAUGUGAUUGCUUGUUUGCUCCAAAACUUGGACUCUACAAAACUUCAGCUGAUGGUUUCCAGUAAAAAUGUAUUGUCCAACCUUUUGCAAACACAGGAAUGCCUGGUGUUUUUCUAGACAUUUUACAAAUUGCCUUGCUGAGCUGAAUAAACUUGUGACUUGGAGACAAGUGCCAAUCUGGAUGCAGUCAAGAGCUUGCAGAUCUUCAUUGGAUAUUUUUUUCUCUUUAGGAAAACAAAGAUUUUUAUUAUAGAAAAUACUAUAUUCAAAAUGUAACAGACUAUCAAUAGAUAAUUUGUCAUGUUAGAAGACAGAAAAAAUUACGAGGUUAAAGCUUACAAUAAUAUGUAAUAAUUAAAUAUAUCUUAAUAUUGCAUUUCUGCCUGCUGAACUUUUAACAGUUGCAUUUAAAUGUCUCUUUUAUUAGUUGUUCAUUUGACAACAAUAAAUUGUUUUAAAAAACAGAUUACGAUAAUGGCUGCUUAUAUUUUAAUGCAGGGGAAAAUCUUCAGUGAGUGUCCUGAUGAAACUAUUUAAAAUUGCUUUUUUUUUUUAGACAUUUUUAAAUAUACGGAUAUGAUUAUCUCUGCAAGUACCGGUAGGAGGUUUGAGACAUCAAGUAAAAUAAAC